AUGACCACAGAGUUGAAAAAAUUCGAGAAAGACCCUCUGAUUCAUGCAGUGCUGGCCUUUUGGAUAAGGAUAUAUGCCACUGGCAUUCAUAAUAAGUUACUUUGGGUGUUUUAUGGUCACAUGAACUCUGCAUAUUUGUUUAAUGGACAGGUUUCCUUCAAGACAAAGGUUUUCCACCCUAACAUUGACAGCUAUGGUACAAUCGGUCUUGACAUUCUCAAAGAGAAGUGGAGCCCUGACCUUAGCAUAUCCAGGGUAUUUUCACUAUUCUAUCCAAAUUUUGAUGAUCCUCUGGUGCCUGAGAUUGCUUACAUGUAUAAGACUGACAGAGUGAAGUACGAGACUACUGCCCGAUCCUGGACCAGAAGUAUGCCAUGGCCUAGGAUUAUUGGACCCAGAAGACUGCUGAAGACUCCCUACUGA